GGACUGUGGUAUGAAAGGGGGUUAAGGACUGUGACAUUCAGAGAGCUCUGGUAGGGAAGGGGUUAAGGACUGUGGCAUUCAGAGAGCUCUGGUAGGGAAGGGGUUAAGAACUGUGGCAUUCAGAGAGCUCUGGUAGGGAAGGGGUUAAGGACUAUGUCAUUCAGAGAGCCAUCCUAGCUGCUGUUGCACAGAUCUGAUGAAGGUGUGUCAUUGUUGUGUUGAGGAUCAGGUUAAACUCACCCUUUUCAGAGGGUACUCUCUCCAUGGGAUGUGAGGGUUUGGUGGGGGAGGGUGCAGGAUCUGGUCGGACUGGUCUCUGUUCCUUGCUCCGGGCUGUUGGUUUGUACUGGGGAUAUUCCUUUUAGCAGCUGAGUCAGUAACAGUGAGCUGCACUGCAGGCUAAGUCUCCUUCCAAACUUCACUCUCUACCUCCUGCGCUGAAAAUGAAUAUAUUUCAUCUGUUCCUGCUGCUGAUGGUCAUCGUAAGUACCAAGUACUGCUGAUACAUGACACCCAGGGCAGGGGGUGGCUGGCUAGCCUCUGAGUCCAUGUGCUUCAUUCUGGGGCUUUGUCUUAGUUAACUGGGGACUGUUAUAUUAAGAGGGGCUGUGUCUUGGUGAAUUGGGGACUGUGUUAUAUUAAGAGGGGCUUUGUCUUGGUGAAUUGGGGACUGUGUUAUAUUAAAAGGGCCUGUGUCUUGGUGAAUUGGGGACUGUGUUAUAUUAAGAGGGGCUUUGUCUUGGUGAAUUGGGGACUGUUAUAUUAAGAGGGGCUUUGUCUUGGUGAAUUGGGGACUGUGUUAUAUUAAGAGGGGCUUAGUCUUGGUGAAUUGGUUACUGUGUUAUAUUAAGAGGGGCUUUGUCUUGGUGAAUUGGGGACUGUGUUAUAUUAAGAGGGGCAGAUUUAUAGAUUUGAAUCUUGUUGAUGUGAGGCUUCGCUGCCUGUAAACUAGCAGAAUUCUGUGAAAUUACACGUCUGAGUGACUAGUGUUUAAUGUGCUCAUUCCUGCUCAGUCCAAGCAUGUUACAUCAUCAGAGGGAAACAAUAACAUUGGCCUUGUCACAUACCUAUUAUAUAUAUAACAGCAACACAGACCUAGUGCCUGUUAUUAAAAAAGGCUCUGAAAAAAAGUUUAUUCUGUAGAGCAAAAAUUUAUACAGAUUACACAAAGCAGAGAGUGCUGAAUCUGUAUUCCCCCAGUCCAUGAUCAGACUGGGUUAAUAAGGUAUUUAAAGCAUGGUAAGUCCAGGUACAAAAAUAUCAAAUAAUCAGUAUGUUUGGAACAAUUCCAUGUCUUUAUUCAAAAAUAGGUGUUAGUGAUAGGAGUGUAUCUUCUCUCUGUAUUUGAAUGUAUCUUUGUUUUAGAAUGCUAUUAGUGAUAGAAUUGGGUGUAUGUGUAGAAUUCCCAUGUCUGUUUGUGAUAGGAGUGGGUAUGUAUAUAUAUUUUCUUGCCAGAGCUAAAUAAUAUGAGGUAUUCACACAUGGCAAGUCAAACUAGCUGAACUUUCUGUGUGGGUGUUUCCCAUAUGGGUAAUGAAAUUAAUAAGACUGUAACGGUAAAUCCCAGAUAUUCGUUCAGGCGCAGAUUAAAAGGCAUUUGAUUUGUUCGUACCAGCUGAAAAGAAUUUGUUCACAAGUGUAAAUGCAUUUUGUUUGUGAAUAUCGCUCUGUCUGUGCGAACUAAACUGAUCUCAGUUAUUUGUAAAUGGCAGAAAUCGUGAUUUAUAAAGACAAGAUAUUCCAGUUCAAAUAGAGCAAGCACAGAACCAUUAUUUAUAUAAUGCUAGCAUGUUCCACAGCAAGUAAUUGAUGUUCAAUGUAAUAUUGACAUCAACGUGCGAAGACCCUGCUCAAAUGAGUUUAAUUUCUAAUAUGUAUGGAGCUGAUUAAUGACUUUAUUUACAAUGACUAUAGUGGGCUUGUAUAUAGUUUAUAAUGAUACCCAAUGUGCAGGAUAACUGAAUGCUGAAUAGAAGCCUGAAACGCUGGGAGACAGUGGUGUAAGGGUGAAGUCUAAGCUUUCUGUAACCCCUUAACCCCAUGUGUGAUAUGUCAUGAUUCCCUUUUAUUCCAGAAGUUUGGUCCUUAAGGGGUUAAACCUCAUUUCUAUUGAAUGCGUAACUACAGGCCACAUGGUAUGACAGCAGUCCUCCGCAUAUGAACGCACGCAUUAUCUGUCUGCGGUUUUCACUCAUGUUAACUUAUUAGAGAUUUAUUGUUCUCUUUUUAUAUUGAAACCGUGAUACAAAUAAUUCACUUGUUUACAUUUAAAGAGCAGUAAAUCUUGUAGUAGACCGAUUACUAAUGGCUGCAAGUGUUUUUACAUCUUUUAUAAGGAGAGAUGGAAACUGAAGCUGUAGCUUUGAAUGGUAAUAUUCAGUAAGGAAUAUGGUUUGCUCCAUGGCUAAAAUUAACUAAUGGUGAGCCAGACCCUCCUCUGGUUACUGUAUAGAAGCCCAACACCAUUCUUGCUUUCAUUCAUUCAUUCACUCCUGUUCUAAGGGUUUCUAAUGCUAAAGCCCCUAAACUGGGUGUGUGCAAUCUCGAAACAAGCUUCUGUGUGUGUGUGUGUGUGUGUGUGUGUGUGUGUGUGUGUGUAUAUAGUCGAAUAAUUAGCUACUCUGUGUUUGUGUAUAUAUAUAUAGUCCAAUCAUUAGCUACUCUGUGUGUGUGUAUAUAUAGUCCAAUAAUUGGCUCCUCUGUGUGUGUGUGUGUGUGUGUGUGUGUGUGUGUGUGUGUGUGUUUAUAGUCCAAUAAUUAGCUACUCUGUGUUUGUGUGUGCAUAUUCUAGAACUGGCUACUCUGUGUGUACACACACGCUUAUUGCGGUAAUUAGCUACUCUGCGUCUGCACAUUCCAGUUAUUAGUUACUCUGUGUGUGUGGUCUGUGCACAUUACGGUAAGUAGCUACUCUGUGUGUGCACACAUUACGGUAAUUAGCUACUCUGUGUGCACACAUUCCGGUAAGUAGCUACUCUGUGUGUGCACACAUUACAGUAAUUAGCUACUCUGUGUGCACACAUUACGGUAAUUAGCUACUCUGUGUGUGCACACAUUAUGGCAAUUGGUUACUCUGUCUAUUAUUAUUAUUGUUAUUGCCAUUUAUAUAGCGACAACAGAUUCCUUAGCGCUUUGCAAUAUUAUAAGAGGGGGGAUUUAGCUAAAAAUAGGACAAUUACAAGAAAACGUACAGAAAUAAGUUGCUCAAACGAGCUUACAGUCUAUAGGAGGUGAGGUGUAAAACACAAUAGGACAGGGAAUAGCAAUACAAAUAGAUGGGAGUGAAGCAGAGCACAUUGCAGUAAUUAGCUACUCUGUGUUUCUGUGUACUCUGUGCGGAUUUCAGUAAUUAGCCACUCUGUAUUUGUAUGUGUAUGUGUACACAAAUCCUGAUCAGCUGUGCUGAACAAAUCAAAAGCCUGUUAUUCGCUAUAUGAACAAAUCUACCCAGGAUAUACUUGAAAACACAAGAAAUCUCAAUGCAUCUUUCCUGGUCGAAUAUUUUGUAAAUAAGUAAAUGAAUUCUGAACGGGAUUUGCUCACAAGCCUAGUAUGUGCACAUUGUGGUAAAUACCUAUUUUGUGUGUGUGUACACAUUUCUGUAAUUAUCGUAUAUACUCGAGUAUAAGUCAACCCGAAUAUAAGUAGAGACCCCUAAUUUUACCCCAAAAAACUGGGAAAACGUAUUGACUCGAGUAUAAGACUAGGGUGGGAAAUGCAGCAGCUACUGGUAAAUUUCUAAAUAAAAUGAUAUCCCCAAAAAAUUAUAUUAAUUGAAUAUUUAUUUACAGUGUGUGUAUAUAAUGAAUGCAGUUUGUGUAUGUAUGUGUGCAGUGUGUGUAUGUAUGUGUGCAGUGUGUGUGUGUAUGAGUGCAGUGUGUGUGUGUAUGUGAUGCAGAGCCUUGGAGGGGGGUGGGCAUUUUUAUUAUUUUUUGUAAUUAUUAUUUUAAUAUUUUUUUGUUAUUAUUUUUUAUUUUUUUUAAUAGUAUUAAUUUUUUAUUAUUAUUUACAUUUUUAUUUAUUUUUAUUCGUCCCCCAUCCCUGCUUGAUAAAUGGCCAGGUAGUGGGGCUCUCAUUCCCUGGUGGUCCAGUGGAUGGGCUGUGUAGGAGGGGGGCUGGCAGCGAGCUGUAAAUUACCUUUCCUGCAGCUCCUGUCAGCUCCCUUCUCUCUCCUCCGGUCAGCUCCACUGUAAGUCUUGUGGUUUGAGUGCUGCGCGGAGCGUUGACACGGUAACCCGUGGCAACGCUCUGACCCCGCAGCUUUCGCGAGACUUACAUGGAGCUGACCGGAGGAGAGAGAAGGGAGCUGACAGGAGCUACAGGAAAGGUAAUUUACAGCUCGCUGCCAGCCCCCAACAGGACCGCCAGGCUUGUAAUGAGCCCGGCAGCCCUGGUCUGUAUUAUGGCAAUGUAAGUUGCCAUAAUACAGACAGUGACUCUAGUAUGAGCCGAGUGGGGUUUUUUCAGCACAAAAAAUGUGCUGAAAAACUCGACUUAUACUUGAGUAUAUACUGGUAGCUACUUUUUGUGUGCACAGUCUGGUAUUUGAUAACUGAAUUGGUACAUAAAAGAUCUGCACUAUUUCAUUUAAUUUAUUUGCACAUGUUGGUAGUUAAUUUGCCAUCAUUGCUUGCUGCUAAUUAGUAUUACAGCUCCCUUACUGAGGAGCGUCAUUUAGGGUCUGUUAGAUCACAGUAUCAGGAGCCAUGAACAAGUGUUGGACAAGCUGUUAUAGAAAUCACCCUUAGUCUCUGCAGUUUUAGCACCUUUACUGUUUAAUUACAGAUAAAGAAAGGGAAAUGCUAUAGUUUGCCUUUGCUCUGAAUAUUUGAAGAAUUGUAACCUAUUGAUCCUGUUGAAUAUGCCAUGUGAGUGUCUGCCGUGACAGAGCCAUUUCUGUCUUCACCAAAAAGAACAUUAAUACUUUACAGGGUAACUUCUUUCAUGAACCCCCAUGGAUAAGAAAGGGGAGCUUGCCAGGAAUGCUCCAAAGAUUGUGUUUCUCGGUCACAGAGUUGUUUGUACAACCUGAUGAAGAGGAUCUUAUAGAAACUAUUUUGUUAAUAAAUUCAGUUAUAUAACCAUUCUCUAUAAUGCUUUGUUAACAUAAUUCAGCUGAUUGCUAAAUCUUCCUGGUGGUUUUUCAGCACUACUUUUAAAGUGCUUGUUCUCUAACAUGUUGUUACUAUGAAGUGCAAGAGAAGUGCUUUUCUUGUCAGGAUAACUAAAGCAGCAGGAAUUUCUAUGGGAUGUUUACAUUCUUUAUUACAAGUUAAUUGAUGGUUGCUAAGGUAAAGGACUCCUUCCGUCCCAUCCUUUGUACUGUCCCUCUGGUUUCCUUCAUUCAGUGGUCAAAUUCUCCUCACUUUGUAGAAAAAUGUAUCUAUAACCACUGUAGAUGUACUUACGGGAUACAUGCCUUCGCGCAUAUCAAACAGGGUUACCAUGUUACCUUUGUUACACAUUAUUCAUUUAGAAUGUCCAACUGCAGGGGUGUUGAUAGCCCUCAUGGCUCAGCUCAGUGUUGCACCUUUAUAUUCUCUGCAAUGCUGUAGCAGGAUGGCAUUCUGCCCUGGGCACAUUACACCUCGCUAUCAGUGCUUUAUCACUGUGAGUGCACCAAUCUGAUGCUCCCCAUAGGGAAUUAGCAGUUCUGGAACAAAGUUGCUAUCCUAUAAUUAACACAGGACAGGCUUUUUGUAUGUAAAUGAAUGUCCUGGAGUUACAAUGAUUCAUUUUCUCCUUUGAGUAUUCUAAAGAAUGUAGGUAAUUCUUUGAAGGCCUCCUUGCCCAACAGUGAGUAAUCUACCAUUUCCAUGUUUAGUCAUUUUUUUUAGUCAAGAAGGGUUGACUUCUUUGAUAUGUUAAUUGUAUGUCAUGAAUAUGUACUUCAAGUCAAGCUAAUCACCAUAAACACUUUGCAUUACUUUUUUGUCCAUUUCUGAGAGAACACACCAUGGUCCUCAAUCAGACACGCCAGAAACCUUAGCUCUGUGUUGCCUCAUGUCCGUUUCGUCAAUAUUGUGUAUGCACGCUGUUCCCUCUCUCCAUCCUGGACAGAGCCAAGCCAGUCUAUGGCUGUGCCGAGAGCAAUGUGAUGAUUCGACCUGCAGAUGGGGAUAAAGUACUUAUUCCACACACUCCUGCUGGACAGGAGAAUGGGAUAUAUGGUGUAAGUCCAGGACAAAAGGAUGAUAUUAUUAUUAUUAUUAUUAUAGGUAUUUAUAUAGCGCCAACUAAUUCCGCAGCACUUUACAAUAUUUUGAAAAGGGGGGGAAUUUACAAUACAUGAGUCAAUUACACAGUGACACAGGAACAAUAGGUAGAUGAGGACCCUGCUCAAACGAGCUUACAGUCUAGAUGAGGUGGGGUACAAACACAACAGGGCAGCAAGGGUGACAGCCACCAAACAAGUUGGAAAAGUAGCAGAGUUUGGAGUAAGCUCUUUAUGAGAGAAAGAGACAGACUUGGGUAAGUAUAGAUAAGUUACUCUGGGAGUAAGAUUUGUUUCGAGGGUCUUCUUAAACAAUUGAAGACUAGGGGAGAGUCUGAUGGAGGUAGGCAGGCUGUUCCAAAAGAAGGUAGCCGCCCGUGAGAAGUCCUGCAAGUACAUGUUAGCAGUAAGGGUGCAAGCAGUGGAUAGGAGAAGGUCACUGGCAGAGCAGAGAGACAUAGGCAUAUCUAUGAAUUAUGGAAUAAAUGUUAAGAGGGGCUAGAGUUGGUUAGAGCUUUAUAGGUAAGGGUUAGUAUUUUGAAUUGAUACCUAUAUGAUACAGAAAGCCAGUGUAAGGAUCAACAGUGGAGUGCAGUAUGGGAGGAACGAUGGGUGAGAAAGAUCAGCCUGGCAGCAGUAUUCAUUACCAAUUGUAGCGGGGAAGUUCGGCUUUUAGGGAGACCAACUAGGAGAGAAUUACAGUAAUCAAUGCGAGAGAUUACUUGAACAUGAACCAGCUCCUUUGCAGUAUUUUGCGUAAAAAGGGGCGGGUGUAGGGCGCAAAGGUGAGGCCAGGAUUAAAGAUAACACCAAGACAAGGAGCUUGCAAGGAUGGACUGAUACAAGCACCAUCAGCUUGCAGAGAAGGUGAACGAGGAGGAUCAGCAUUAUGAGGGGGGAAAAUAAGAAGCUCAGUUUUAGAGAGAUUGAGUUUCAGAAAGCGGAAGGACAUCCAGUCAGAAAUUGAAGAAAGGCAAGCAGUGACACGUUGCAGGAUCGCGGGAGAGAUAUCAGGGGAGGAGAUGUAUAUCUGGGUGUCGUCGGCAUACAGAUGGUAGCGGAAUCCAAAGGAGUUAAUGAGUUUGCCAAGAGAGUCAGUAUAAAGAGAGAACAGAAGUGGACCAAGAACAGAUCCUUGGAGGAAGUUUUGAGGAAAAAGGAAGCAGGGGUAUGGGACGAUAGUUGGAAGGGGAAGACUGGUCUAAGGAUGGCUUUUUUUAGGAUGGGUACGACGGUAGCAUCCUUAAGGGGAGCAGGGACAACACCAGAUGAAAGAGAGCAGUUUAGUAUGUGUGUUAAGGAUGGUACAAGACAAGGGGAGAGAGAUCUGAUAAGGUGGGAAGGUACUGGAUCAAGCGGACAGGUGGUGGGACGAGAGGAGAAGCGAAGCCACCUCUUGUUCUGUAGCUGGGAAGAAGGCCUGUAGGGUAGGGAUGGUGGUACGGUCCAUGUGUAGUAUGAGUACAGAGUAGUGUAUGUGUUUAUGUCACACUGUAGUCUGAAUAGUUGUGUAACAGAGGUAACUGAAACGUUUGUUGGGGAAGCUGUGUGGGAGAAUGCACCACCUACACAGCCAACCCAAAACAAUAGUUUACUUCACAAAGCAAACAUCCAGAGGCCUUCCAUCGACCUAACCAGCGAACAGAAACCCCCCCAAAAACUUCAUUUUCAUUGCUACCUACCCCCUCCCCUCCUUCCACCUAGCAUGGCUCCUGCUUACUUUAUUGCAGUCCAUCUGUUUGAAAUGUCACUCAAUUACAUCCUUGCUCUGUUUAUAUGUCACAGGUGGCUCCAAUUAUCCCUUAUAUCUCUGGGCCCAUCACCUUCAAGCUCUCCUUACUGCCUUGUUUGAACUCUAAAUUGUAACCUGUAGAUGGUAACAUCACAGGCUAUCUAGCAAAGUACUUUGAAUAAAAGAACCUCAAUGAUUAGAUCUCUCCUUACAGGCAGUGUCCUCUUUACCUUUUGUAUCUGUCUGUGUGUUUUUUACUUUCUUUUUGCCAAUUGUACAGCAUUGUGAAAUUAGUUGGUGCUUUAAAAAUGCCUGUAAUAAUAAUACUACUAAUGAUUAAUGUGUCCCUGCCAUGCUAUGUUUGUGGUCUGGUGGCUUGCAGUACCCAUUGAGAUACAAUGUGUAUUUGGAACACAAGCUAUAUGUAGAUACAUUGUGUCUGUGAACUUAUAGUAUGCUAUGCUGGUUGUUCAAAGCCCUGGGCAGUUAAUUUUCUAGCAAGCAUCAAACAUAACCGUGAGAUACAGUUAUCAAAUUUGGCACAAAUCCUGCUUUCAAGAAGUCUGUUUAUUUUCACUAAUGCUCUUUCACUCAUUCAAUCUGUGUUGUGUGAAUGACGUUUAAUGGUAGUUUUAUAAGCUUGGAAUUUACUGCCACAAGAGUCUGGGGUGGUAAAUCCUUAUUUACCCCCAAGGCUUCCAAUAAAAGUCCAUCGCUUUGUAUUUCCUAGUAACGAAUAUAAUUAGAGGUUUUAGAUGCUGUUUAGUGCUCAUUCUAAAUCCUUUCAAAGAUCUACUCCAAGCGAGGAAUUGGGCAAAUAUUUCAGCCGCGCCUCUGGUAUUGUUUUAUCAUUUUCUCAAAUAAACUCCCUUGAACAUAUAAUGGUGCACCAUUCUAAAGGAGGCUGGCAACACCCGUGAAUAUAUCUUGUGAUUGAAUGUUUACAAGAAACGGAUUAAAUUAAGUUUCCUGUCACAAUGCCACAUUCAGGGAAUACAGACAUGGAGCUUGGAGCAUGCAGCGCCACAUGCAGGAUAUACAUAGGUUGUCAUCGGCAUAUAGGUGGUACUGGAAACCAAAAACGUAAUGUGUCACAAGAGAGUAUAGAGAGAAAACAGGAGGGCACCAACGACCAAGCCUUGGGGGAGUCAACUGUUACUAAAUGAGGGGAAGACGUGUUACCAGAAAAGAGGACACUGAAAUUUUUUUGGAAAAGAUAGGAAGAAAAACCACAAAAGGACAAUGUCAUAAAUGCCAAGGGUCUUACGAUUGUUGAAGGAGAGCGUGAUCAACAUGUCAAAGGCAUCAGAUAGGUCUAGAAGAAUUAGUAUCGAGCUGUGAUUAGAUCUUUAGUUAGAGCAGUAUCAGUAGAUGGGACCGUAAUUAGAUGAGGUAAGGUGGGUUAAAGUGGCUUUUUUUAGGAAGGGUAUAACAGUAGCAUGUUUAAUGGGAGUGGGAACGGUGCCAGAAAAAAAGAGAGCAGUUAAAGAUAUGUGUAAAGGAUGAUACAAGUCAAGGGUGGAGGGCUCUGAUAAUGUGAGAGGAAAUGGGAUCAGGUGGUGGGGCAAAAGGAGAGAAGUUACCUGCUCAAUAACUGUGAAGAAGAUCUGAAGGUAGGAGAGGCACAGUUCACGUCAGUUCAAGAGAGAGGAGUAAAGAGGGGAGGAGUCUUUCCUUGACUGAUUAAUAUUGUCAGUAACAUAGCAAAGUUAUCAGCUGUAAGGUCCGUGUGGGUGGUGGCCAUAGCAAGACGAAGUAGCUAGUGGAUGGUAUCAGAGAUACCUAGGAUUCUGUUAGUAUUACAGAUGAUCAGCCAUCCAAUGCUUCCCUGUAGAGAGAAACUAGGGGACACGCAGGACAUUUGCCCACUGCCUAAAUUAGCAUUUCCUCAUAGAUAUGUAAUGCAUCUCUAUGGGGAGAUUCAGCAUCUUUAUGUGCAGCGGGGAAAAACUGAACGUCAGUCCUCCUUAGUUUGCGGGACUGAACCAGGAAUGGCUUUUAGUGACACUAGAUGUGGCCCAAGGGAUAAAUGCAAAGAUUGUCUUUUCUCAGAGAACAGUGUUUACAAAUGUCAGGCUGCAGGGAGAUAAUCUUGGCACCAGAACUAGCCAUAGUAUCUCUGGUGUGGAGUGUCCCUUUAACCAAAAACCCAAUAUCUUACACACUAAAGGGAUAUGGACAUUCCAACACUAAAUAGAUCAAUGUUGCUCUUAACGUAGAUUAGAACAUGUCAGACAUGACCAUUCACAUCCUCACCUAAUGUAUGAUACGUGGACCUCCUGACUGGUUUCCUGUGACCCGGAUAGCACAGACCAUGGUCCCAAUGUAGUGAUUAUACAUAUAAAGCUGCGGAGUGGAAUGUGAGAAAUGUGUUCUACAUGCGAGUAGCUGCUCCAUUCCCCUCGAGGGUAUCUCCCAUAUCUAUCAAAGGAAGAAUUACAGGCCAAAGGCCCUUAGAAUUCUGCCAAGUGCACAGUGUCACCUCCCAGCAUCAAACAAAAUCCUCGGAACUUGUAUUUUAGGGAAAGGUGGUGGUGGCAUGGAAUAGCUUUCCAGUUGAGGUGGUUGUAGUACAAUGUGUCCUAUUAUAUGUUUAAAGGCUACUGAAUGAGUGGUCUGCACACAGUGCAAGUUCCAAUAUCUUAAGUUACAGAAAAUCUUCAUUCUUUUUUUUUUUUUAUUUGUGUUGCAGCAGGAGGGUUUCAGUUUUACAGGUUAUUUUUUAUUUUACUUUUAUAAAAACCCUGCAUAUUCUGUUAUUUUUGUUCAGUUUGUAUAAUCAGCAACUCUCUCCUUCUAGGUCUCUGUGCAGGAAACUUGCCAAAUUCUCUAAGAUUGUCUUAGCAUUAUUGAGGAUGAUGACAUGGAUAGACCAUGAUCUCUCCAAAUAUUUAGACCUCUUGGACCGGUGACAUGAGUCUGAGUGGGCGGUUGCGGUGGUGUUGGCGAGGUUAUGUGUAAGAAUAAGAAUGUUGGGGGAGUUCAGGAAACCUGUGAAAUGCUGAUGUUUAAGGAAGAGGGUCUGAUGGAGGCAGUUGUGGUGGGGGAGUAAGAGAUGAAAGUGACAGGGAUUUUCAGAAAAUAGUCUUUAAGGUUGAUCUGUAAGAAUGAGGGUUGGAAGGGGUGGGGCAGGGCAAGUGUGUGGUGGGGGGGUUACUGGAGCUUUAAAUUCCGAGUAAGGUCCCAAAAGGCCCCAGUUGUAAUUAUGGCACCAUUUCAAUGCUAGACUCUGUUCUUCUGUAAAGGGUUAAUACAGCAGGUGUGGAGUUUAAAUAUAGAUGUAAUACUCUAAAGUCAUUGAAAGGUUUGGUGUUCCAGUGUGAUUCACAGAACAUAUAGGGGUUUAGGGAUAGACAAAGGGCAUUGUGUAGGGCUGGUUUUACAGGGGGGGUGUAAGUCAAUUUAUGUGAGAUGAGCAAUACAGUUUACUCUUGGGCUGAAGCCCCUGGUCUUUUUACCACCUAGCAAUGCCCCUGGGGCUGGGUGUCAUGCUGGGGCCUGUGGUUUCCUGAGAAAGAUAACACCAUUCUGCAUUUCACACAUAGUUUAGUAUUCUGUCAUCACUUCGCAAGAAAACAGUCUGUGACACUUGGGACCACGUGAUGACUACUGUGCUGCUGCCGACCUAUGAAUAGUUAAAUAAACUGCAGACAUGCUAAAGUGAACAUGUACUUGAAGAAUGAAUAUAUCCAGAUUUUAUUUUCUUAACUCUGCUAAUUUGAAACCCAUUACACUAUGGCCUGCUGUAAAGUCAACCGAUCCCUCUGUAUGGUUACAUUUUACCAUAAAUAAAAUAAAUCUUUUCUAAUUGGCAUGCGCUCUGUAAUGACCUCCCACUGCGCUUGCUAAAUAAGUUACAGGUUUAAUCAGAGAAAAUCAUAGCCUGGAGGCGCGGACCCCAAGACAUUCUCAUCACUGGUUAAACCCCCUACUUAGAUAAAACCUUGAUUGGUGACCUGGGGAUAGAGGGUCUGUUCUUGCAGUAUGUAGUCACGGCUUGCUUGGCAUAUCACCAGAUUACUGCCAUUCAACACUUACAAGUUGGUGCUGGAAUGACCUGCCCAGUGCCCAUCCAUGUGUAAAUAUUAGCGUUGCUUUAGCUUUUGCUUGACAAAUCUCAUUUAGUUUCCAUAGCUCCUGGCUGUCUGCUAAUUGACCUUUUUUUAUUUAACUGAGGUUUGGCUGCUUUGUUUGUGUUUGUAUAUUAGAACGUCCCUGCGGCCCUCAAUGUGGCCCAAGGGAUGAUAAUUUCACAGCCCCCUCCACAUUCCCUGGAAUGCUCACUCUUUCUUCCCUGGGGCUAUACGUUGACCAUUACUGCUGACAAGCUGCUAAAUGUGACCAGCAACAGAGUGACCCGCUCUGGGUAAUGAGUACAGAUUUAACCGUAAUAGAGAAAACUGGACCAGAUGACAAGGACCGCAGCAUCCAGUGCAACAUGGAUGAUUAAUGAUCAUUUUAAUGAAAGACUAAUGAUCAUUUUAAUAUGGAAGGUUAAUGGACACCUACAGAAGUGAUUUCUUAAGAGAGUUGAGGCAUUCUCUGGAGGUGCCUGCCUGUGUCUCAGCGGGUUUGGUUGUCUGUCUGUAUCAGCAGGUUUGGUUGUUUGUCCAUGUCUCAGAGGGUUUGGUUGUGUUUACCAAUGUAUCAGCAGGUUUGGUUGUGUCUGCCCGUGUCUCAGCGGGUUUUGUUGGGAGUGUCUGCACAUGUAUAAGUGGGUUUGUUUGGUGGUGUGCCAGUGUCUCAGCAGGUUUGGUUGUGUUUAACAAUGUAUCAUCGGGUUUGGUGGAGUCUGCCCAUGUAUCAGCAGGUUUGGUGGAGUCUGCCCAUGUAUCAGCAGGUUUGGUGGUGUCUGCCUGUGUCUCAGUGGGUUUGGUGGUGUCUGCCCAUGUAUCAGCGGGUUUGUUUGGUGGUGUCUGCCUGUGUCUCAGUGGGUUUGGUGGUUUCUGCCCAUGUAUCAGCGGGUUUGUUUGGUGGUGUCUGCCCGUGUAUCAGCGGGUUUGUUUGGUGGUGUCUGCCCGUGUAUCAGCGGGUUUGUUUGGUGGUGUGCCAGUGUCUGUGUUUGGUGGUGUCUGCCUGUAGCGGAGAGCUGGUAUUACACAGCCUAUCUCCACUUUAGAUCCCAGGGAGGCUCAGGAACAAGCAAUUAUAAAUCCAUAUGGCAAAGUAUCCAGCAGGCAAAAUAACACAGUAGUAUCCCAACAGCAAUCCCAAUAACUGGACGACACACAGUAUCAGGAGCAGAACUAAAGAUUUAUUCAGACAGUGGCCUUAUAAAGCAUACUCCCAUGCAAGGGAGGGAUUUACAGUCAUUAACACAGUAGCCAAUCCUGUUCUGGUAACCUCCCACACAUCUCCUCCCCUCAGCCUGCAUCAUAAUCCCCUUAUCCAGGACACGAAUUCCCCCCGUUUCUGGAUGUACCCCUAAACCUAGGGGUACCGCUUUAAAUUAUACAUCCCCUGGUAGCCGUGAUCUGGGUGAACAACAUAUCCAAAAAUCACCCAGAUCAGACCAGGGGUUCGGGAAAUUUAUGGAGGGAAUAAAAUGACCGACCGCACUGGAAAGAAUAGCCGAAUGGGGUUCCAUGCGAUGGGGCCCUGCGGUCGGUCCUGGAGUAAGGGAACAAACUACACGAAAGCCUCCAGUUACAGAGACUAGGGAGGGUUUGCCUGAAUCCCCUCGUUCGCUUGUUUCUAUCUACCGAACGAGGGGCCGUUCGGUAGUUUGCAACGGGUAAUUGAAGGCACACUUCACACAGUGGAGGUCUGACUGUUCAAUAGUUUCAUUCGAUCAAACUAAGGUAAUGAAACUACCGAACAAUCAGACGAAUACAAUACAUUUAACACAUAUAACUUUGCCAUUUACACGAAUGCAGUCAAAACAUAUGCAAUUCUCAGGACAGCCCAGUGCCAUCCGCUACACAUGUAUCAGCGGGUUUGUUUGGUGGUGUCUGCCCGUGUCUCAGUGAGUUUGGUGGUGUCUGCCCAUGUAUCAGCGGGUUUGGUGGUGUCUGCCCAUGUAUCAGUGGGUUUGUUUGGUGGUGUCUGCCCAUGUCUCAGUGGGUUUGGUGGUGUCUGCCAGUGUAUCAGCAGGUUUGUUUGGUGGUGUCUGCCCGUGUAUCAGCGGGUUUGUUUGGUGGUGUCUGCCCAUGUAUCAGCGGGUUUGGUGGUGUCUGCCGGUGUAUCAGCGGGUUUGUUUGGUGUCUGCCGGUGUAUCAGCGGGUUUGUUUGGUGUCUGCCCGUGUAUCAGCAGGUUUGGUGGUGUCUGCCCGUGUCUCAGCGGGUUUGUUUGGUGGUGUCUGUCCAUGUAUCAGCGGGUUUGUUUGGUGGUGUCUGCCCGUAUAUCAGCGGGUUUGGUGGUGUCUGCCCGUGUAUCAGCGGGUUUGUUUGGUGGUGUCUGCCCAUGUGUCAGCGGGUUUGUUUUGUGGUGUCUGCCCAUGUAUCAGCGGGUUUGUUUCGUGGUGUCUGCCCAUGUAUCAGCUGGUUUGGUGGUGUCUGCCCGUGUAUCAGCUGGUUUGGUGGUGUCUGCCCGUGUAUCAGCGGGUUUGUUUGGUGGUGUCUGUCCAUGUAUCAGUGGGUUUGUUUAGUGGUGUGCCAGUGUCUCAGCAGGUUUGGUUGUGUUUAACAAUGUAUCAGUGGGUUUGGUGGUGUCUGACACAAUGAAAUGAUUCCACACUGAUAUCUGACAUCUGCCAACGUGAUGUCUGACAGCAGAAUAAAGAAUAUCUCUGUUUGCUUUAAAAAUGAAAAUCUAACAAAGGGAAUGAGCUUUUAAUGACUUCAUUCACUUGUCUAUCUUCGUGAUGACGCUUGUGAUUUAUAUUCUGAAUUUGAAUGACACACAAAUCAGAAAAUGCAGGGGUGAAAUUAUACUUUUUUUUUUUUUCUUUACUGCUUUUCACUAGGAAUGUGUUAUUUUAAUUUAUCCACUGGCUCAAACAUAUUCUGCAGAGUUGUACAGCACUAUAUAGGAGUGUGUUGGUGAAAGAAAAAAUACACAACACAAAAUAAUCCGACAGAUUAAAUAAAGUGCAGAAAGUGACGUUUUGAUAAAUCUUCUCAAUGUGCCCCUCCCAAUUAAAGUGCAGUGCGUUAUAUAUUCAUUGACUGGGGGGUGUAUGUCACAUUGGUCACUGUGAGAAAUCAACUUUAGUUUACCAUAAAUAAAUUUCAAUUUAUUUUUUCCAACUAGGUAAUAACCACCUCGGAGGGCAAGCAGGGAGCAGAUGUGGCCAUCAGGAGGGAUGUAGUGAAACGGGUAAGUUAUUUUUAGUGAAUGUUAAAUCAGUAACUUGUACAGGUGUGAAUUCAAAGUGAAUUAAAAGUUCAAGUUUAAGGUCAAAAUAAUCAAAGUGGAACAAUUCUCUGAGUCAGCUACUUUGGUCUUAAAUCUGCAAUUCACUUUGAAUUCUCACUUCACUAAAUAACCUUGGUUACAAGGUUGACAGUUGCCUCACCCUUGCUUAAUAAACUAUAUGACCAUACAAAGUACAUCCCAAGGAUCUAAGUGGGAAAGAAAGUUCACAGGAAAAAAAAAUAAACAGCUCCCAGUCCCAUAUCCAAGGCCUAGGAAGGGCAUGUACAAAAAUGUUUACACAACUUAAAUUCCUGGUAAUUGCCCAAUGAAUAGAUUCUAAAAAUGCAGUUGAUUCAUAAAUGUACUGAAUUAUCAGAAUUAAAAUCCUUUUAAUCCACACCAAAAAGAGAAUUGUGAUUUAGGAAAUUCAGUUUGUUUGAGAAUGAACUGAAUUUUUUAAAAUCAAUUAGUUUGAUUACCAGGAAUUUUUAUUCUGACGAAUCACUUAAAGCGAACUGCACAUUUCUUGGACGAUUCAGAACGUGUGUAACGCCUGGGUAUGGCCUGUAUUGGAGACGGAGGGGUAAUUUCUCCUUAUUUAUUAAAUGCUUGGCAGGUUUACCCUGGAGAGGCCAAUAAACCGUGCUAUACUUAAGAGCUGUUUAGCGUAAAAAAUACAUCUCCAACUCCUUUAUUUUUCCAGCUACUAUCUUAGUCUUGUUAGGUCCCAGGGUACCUAUUAAAUCCCAAGGGCAGAUUUCUAUUUAUUUUACAUUUUAUUUAAAAAAUAAAAAAAAAACACAUUUAAAGGGUUAAUCCAAGCACCAUGACAACUUCAGUGGUUCAUUAUUGUUAUAAAUAAGGAUACAAUACUAAUACAUUAUGACACUGGUAUUAAUACUACUAGGGACAAUAAUACCUUAUGGACUAGCAGUCAGUAUGUUUUAUAGUAAAUUGAAAUACAAUUCCCAUGAUUCUCAGCUGGUCUAGGUGGCACCCCUUCGUCUAAGAAGCACAGGUGCUAGUUAUGACAGACAUUUAAGGUUUUCCUGAUUAUGCUGCAUAAGAAAGGAGGGGUUGGGUGGUGUGACUGGGCACAGCGGGCCUCAGUCCUCUGCAGAGACUGGUAAACUGUGUGUGGGUGGUGGUGUGACUUGGCACAGCUGGUCCCUGUCAUCUGCACAGACUGGUAAACUUUUUUUUGGUGGUGGUAACUGGGCAAAGUGGGCCACUGCCAUGCAGAGAGACUGGUAAACUGUGUGGCUGGGCACAGCAGGCCCCUGUCAGCCACCCCAAAUUUCUCUGCCCAUGUAGUCUCUCCUUUGACAUUAUUUUCCUAACCUUACCAUAAACCAAUGGUCAUCAACCAUUCUUUACAGAGACCCAUAUUAUGUUUGAAGAAGAAAAUUAGCUCAGAGACCCGCUCUUCAAUUGAAAUGAAUAUAUGUAGUACUUUGAAGAAAACCCCUCAUUAGAUUCUUCCUCUUGUCAGACCCCAUUGAGGUCAGCCAUUGGGAACCCACUGAAAUAGCAUGGGGACAGAGUUGUGGGCUCUGACCAUGGCAUUUAGAACCAGCUAUCCUCUCCUUCUCAUACUCUUAUUGUUGGGACAGUGUUCUGAUACUGUCACCAUGGAUCUAAGCAAAGAAAACAAUAUCUAUCUUUGGGCGCAUCGUUAGUCCAUCAUGUGCUCUGUGUUUUAGUAUGCCUAAAGUCUUACCACGCUACCCCACCCUUUACUGUGCUCCAAAUCCAGGCAAGGCUGCAUACAGGGCUCUAUUCUUAUUAUUUGGAUCAAUGGGUGGAGAGCUUAGCAGUGAUGUGCAUCUGUCAGUAAAUUCUUUUAUAAACAAAAGCUGUAUAAUUAUGAUGUCAAGUAGUUGACAAGUCGCCUAAACACAUUUAAUAAGGACUUUUAAAUUAAUCCGGUUUCCAUACUUUCUAUUAACAGAGUCUAAUACCGGCAGACAGCCUCCGGCCGUUAAGGCGUACAAAGCGAAGAUGGGUCCUCACUACGUUUGUCUUGAAGGAGAAUGAUGGAGGAAAAUUCCCCAAAGUUGCUGGUGAUGUAAGAACUAAGUGACAAUGUGAAAUGAAUGACUGCUUGCAGCCUGCUAAUUCAUCCAUGUGUCUGCCUUUACAGCAUUUCCUAUCUCAUGCUAUCAAUCUAGUAACAGGCAGUCCCUUCCCUGAAGGCACAGAUUGACAGAUCUGGAGAGCAAAAAAAAAAUGGAAAAGCCAAAUAUCUGGAGAGAAUCUAUAUAUUAGUUUGAAGUAUACUCCUACCCAGGAAAACAAAGUAUCUUCUCUGUGUCAAGUCCUUUCAGCAUUUCUGAAUUACAGUAGCAGAGCCUCUAGGGAGGGGAACAGAAAACCCCUCAUAAUGAAAUGAUUUCACAAUUGUUUCAUCCAAUAACAAAUUAUUUCACCCAGUAACAGAGUAAAUGGUCCACAUUGGUAAUGAUAUUGGUAAAAUCUGGGUUUAAAAUAUUUUAGAUUGGUUACACUAUCUGUACCUUCAUCUCCUCCUGUUGGCAGAAUUAAAAGCUGUGUUUUUAUACCAAGCACCAUUUCACUGAGGCCAAAAUGACAUCUUGUUAGAGAGUGCUGUUAUGACAGCAGCCAAGUCUGAAAUUAGAAUGGCAGCGGGUGAGAGUGGGUUUAAGAUGAGAAAAUUUGGUCGGUGUUACUACUACUAGAAAUCCCAAUCUGUGCAGUAAUGAUGUAUAAUAUGUGCAAUAUCUUUAUUGCAAAGAAUGCGACAAAUGUCUUGAAACUAUUUAAAAUGUAAUUAAUUAAUUGAUAUAAUCUUGACAAAUGCUAAGUGAAUCUGUUCUAGUGUAUUUGAGCCCCUGUCCCUUACCUUUUCACCAGUGAACUUGAUACAACGUCCCUUCCUUUUUAUUAUGUUUGGCAAGGAUAUUUUUGAAAGAGGAUUUGUACUGUACAUGGGAAUAUUUCCCUGUGAUUUGGCUUUUCCACUGAUAUAGUGGAGUUUCGGCAGUCUCUGCACACAUACAAAGCAUGGAUUGUUUGGUUUUCUCACCCACUAUAAGAUGGCACAAAGGUUUAUUUUAUUUUAAAUGUGUCAAUGUCAGUCUGUUAUCCCAGGCACUCAGAACAUCGCUCUCAUUUGUGAACUAUUCAGAACAAAAUCCCAGCGCUUUGUCUGGGACGUUAAGGGGGAUGCACUUGUUACUAAUAAGCACAGCUUUCUCCUGUGUGUCACUGUGUUGGGAUCUGCAAUAUAAGCACGCCAAGAAAUUGCAUAAAACAUUUUGAAAACCUGUUUUGUUUGCGAUGUGGAUGGGAUGCAUGAUAUGUUAUGGUUUUGUUUUACAGUUGAAUGUUUUUCGUUACGAAGGCUGAUUGCAUUUCAUCAAGGUUUUCAUUUAAGUGAUGAUGUAUCUCCGAUAUGACAUGCAUGUUUGUUUUGGUUGUAAUAAACCACGGAUAGCGCUUUAGAGCGGAAUUAUUCCGCAGGUUGGGUUGGAGUGUAGAAUGCUGGGUAUAACGGAUGUGAGUGACUAGAAAACCAAUACCAUUUGUUAUCUCAGUAAAAUAUAUUUAUAUAUUAAACCAUGAUUUUCAUAGUGCUAAACUGUGCAUUAUCUGCAGCUCUUUAAUGAUCAAGCAGUCAACAUGUCCAUCAAGUAUCUCAUCAGUGGUCCAGGCGUGGAUGUGGCUCCAGAGAUCGGACUAUUCACCAUUGAUGACCAGACUGGCCGUGUCUUUGUUCACCGAACCAUUGACAGGGAGAAGACGCCUUUAUUUGUGGUAAAUACAAAACACAUCUCUCAUUCUCAUACAAAACCCCCUGAGGUACUGUGAUCUCAAUCCCUAGCCAAGUAAUGCACACAAUUACAGCAUUAUCCCAUAACCUGGGAACAUCCCUGUUAAGUUGGUGAUAGCUGAGUUCCCAGUGGGAGGUUUCUUUGUAGAGAUAUUUGCCCUACCAGAUGUUACAGUUACCAGGAAAUGCAAACACUGCUCGACUUACAGUGAAGGGUUAAUUGACUGUUGGAUUAUGGCUGUCUGGCUCUAAAUCCAGCAUUCUUUGAAAACAAAGGGGAUGUUUGAAUUUGUUACAGAUCUGCUUUGAUGCUGCUGAGAGAUCCACGGGCCUCAUAGUGGACAGGUCUCUAAUCUUUAAUAUCGAAGUGGAGGAUGUGAAUGACAACAUUCCUGUCUUCACCAAACCGGUGUAUGAAAUUUCCAUGAAAGAAACAGGGAAUCUCGGUGAGUUUGAUAAAGGCAUCUACCAUGGGGAGUAUGUGUAAACUGAACUAGAGGGUGUAGGAGUACAAGGGCUGCGAGAUACUUCUAUCCGAGACACAGACUCACCAGACACUGAGAAAAGAAAAUCCACGAAAAAAUAAAGGAUACUGUCAUUUAUUAACUUGAAUUAUUGUGAUUGUACUGUGUGUCUGUGCACAAAAGCAUCUGUAAUUAACAGUAUUGUACAUGCAAUGUUGUCAUUCCCCGUUACAUAAUCAUAUGGUAUUCAGUCCAUUUCCCCCUCCCACUCUCAUUUGUUAACUCUACCUUUAAGGGAGAAAUGCCAACCUCUGUACCUACUUGCCCCUUGGAUUAUGGAAAUUAUUGAAAUUAGCACUGAUUGUGAUUGACAAGUUAAAGUGUGCCUACAUUAAUGUGACUUUAGCUUUCGUUUCUUCCGGUUUCCUGACCAGAUAAUCCAAUUAUGCAAGUGAUGGCAGAUGACUAUGACAAGCAAGGCACCCCAAACGCAGAGGUGACUUACAGUGUGUUAACCGUAAUGCCUGCGCUCCCCUCUGUGAAAUUCACUAUUGACCCUAAACAUGGGCUGAUUCGAGGACAGGGCUGUCUGAACUACGAGGUAUGAGCUGUGAAGCAACCUGUAAAGGAAGUGCUGCUUUUAAACGUCACUUACUGCCAUUAUUAAACUCCUCCCAGAGUGGGUGUCUCUUAUUUUCAGAAACUGAGAGGUUCAGUCUUUAUCUUCCAGACAGCCAAUGUGAUCAAGAUAAUCGUGGGUGCACGUGACGGUGGGGAACCGUCACUGUCUUCCACGGCAACAGUUAUUCUACAAAUCAAAGAUGGGAAUAACCACUUGCCAGUGCUUCCUACACCCAACGUAAGUUUAUCUGUCUUUACUCAAAGGUGCCAUUUAGUGUCCCUGCAACAAGCACGCAUAUAUCUGUGAAUAUUGCAUAGCAAACGCUUCCCUACACUUUUUUUGUUAUGUCUGUUGAGGUUGGUUUGUGCUUCAGAGCAUGCGAUGUACUGUCAUUUUGUGAGGUGCCACUUUUUAGAGCAAGUAAAAUAACAAAUUUUUUUCCCCCUACAGUAUAACCUAACUGUUAAGGAGGGAGAAGUGAUAAAGGAGCUGUUGCGCAUAAAGGUAGAAGAUAAAGAUUUGCCUCAUACUCCUGCGUGGCAAGCCAAAUUCAAACUAUUAACCGGAAAUGAGAAUAACAAUUACAACCUUACAACCGAUCCAAUAACAAACGAAGGAGUUUUGGACAUCAUUAAGGUAAGUGUAUUGCAUCCUACAGGAACUCUACCCUCAAAGCUAGGGGACAAUACUGUGGAUAGCCAGGGCAGAGCAUGGCAGACUAGGUUACCCAGCUGACAUCAGAAUGUCUGCCGUGAGGUGAUACAUGUCCGAUAUGAAUGCUGGGGAAUAUUAUUAUUAUUAUUAUUUAUAAAAUAUUUUACCAGGAAAGAUACAUUGAGAUUUCUCUCGUUUUUAAGUAUGUGCUGGGUCCAUAAAACAUUGCAUUGUUACAUUAGGGUACAAUAAAAUACAAAAACAAUAUUAAUACACAACAUAUACAAAAUUUAACAUAGAACAGGUAGGAAAUAUAUAAUCAACCAUGAGACGUGCAUUCUGUUUUGAGGUAUGUAGAGAGGGAUCUCUUAAAGGAAUUUAGGCUUGGGGAAGAUUUUAAAUUGUGCGGGAGGUCGUUCCACAAUUGUGGUGCUCUGUAGGAAAAGGAGGAUCGGGCUGCUUUCUACAUUAAUAAAUUCAGCAUGAGAUCUGACAAACUGGAAGGUAUUCUGACAGGAUGUAUCCAUCCUGGUAAAAUAUUUUAUAAAUAAAUACAUUUUUAUUUGUCAAUACUGCUUUUUUCUAAGUGAGAGCGAAUAUGUGGUGCAAAUUUGGGCAACGUUUUAAAAAAAGAAUAUUGCAGAGGCAAAAUACAAAACUAUUAAGGGGAAAGGAAAACAUCAGUUAUGAGAAGAAAACAAACUGAUUUGUUUGUAAAGAUAAAGGCAGAGGGAAUGCGAUAUCCCUACACAAAUAUUUACAAGAUCAGUACAAGCUAUUUGCUGACCUGUUCAUUAGCAGGAAAUGCAAGAGACAAGAGGUCACCCUUUGAGACUGGAAGAAAGGGGAUUUCACUUAUAGCAUAGGAAAGAGAUCUUUACAUAAAGAACAAUAAAGAUGUGGAAUUCUCUACCUAAAGAGUUUGUGUUAUUCGAUUCCAUAGAUACAUUUAAAAAAAGGAUUGGAUGCUUUUAUGCAAAACCUGAAUAUUAUUCAAGGAUAUCAUUGUUCUGUAUGUAAACAGGUUGUUAAUGUAAGGAGAAUAUGAUUGCCAUAAUGGAUUCAAGAAGAAAUGUCUUUCUCCUUUUCGUGGCAUAAUUGGAAAUGGCCACAAAUUGUUUGUUUUUUAUUUUGCCUUCUUUUGGAUCAACAGCAUAAAAUAAUGUGUUUCAAGGAUAAACUGGAUGGAAUUUUGAUUUUUUUCAACCUAGACAACUUUGUAGUUUCUGCAUUGACCCUAAACUUAGUGAAUUUCCUUAUUUUGCAGUCAAAGACGAGGGUUUUACCAGAAUUUUUACAUUUUAAUAAACCGCAUAUUGUAUACUACUGGUGUUAAAAAGCUGUACUUCUGCCCUCUGAUUCCCCCUGCUGCCUGUUUUUGGGCACAACACUUGUGCAUGGCUAGCCUCUGUGUGCUACAGCCAGAACUCCAAGCUUAAAGCAACAUUCAGACAUGAACAAAAUCACCCUCCACUCGCUUUUUCAUACAUUAUGAAAACAAAAAAAAAAUUAAUUCAAAGACAAAUACUUGACUGUAAUGUUUCUGCUUUGAAGACUCUUCAGUCAGACUCUUCAACGUGUCUGUUGCAUUUUAUAGCUUUUCUGUGGGAAGCAUUUUGCAAGCACAGUAGGCUUCAUGGAACUCGGCACAAGCACAGCACUAGCAGAUAGUCUGAUAUUGGAGUUAAUUUGGAGGCCAAUCCAAUAUUUCCUCAUAAGGAAACAUUGGGAGGCUUGUGCAUAUGCAUGACAAAACGCCAAUCUGCACCAAUCCGAUGGUCUCUGUGAGACUGAUUGAAAUUGCAGAGUUUAAACUUGUCUAUAAGGAAGGAAGCACAAACUGUGGCUAUAAGUAGUGAUAUCCUCACCAUGUGAAUCCACUUGUUUAAUAAUCUAAAUACAUGUGAGCAUUGACCAUACCAGAGAAGCAUGGUAGCGUUUUCCAGGACUGCAUUAAAAGGCAGUUUACUGGGAAUAGGGCUGAAUCUUGUAUAUUGGGAACUUGAUGUCACUUCAUUUUGUUUUUUCUAGCCCUUGGACUUUGAAGGAACUCCUUACAAAACACUACAAAUAUCUGUUGAAAAUGAAGAGCCUCUAUUUGUGUGCGAUAAGACAAAACUUCGGCUUAGCACCUCACCUGCGCUAAGCAAUGGGACUAUCACUAUAUUAGUUAAAGACAUAAAUGACGCGCCCAUAUUCCAUCCUCCAAGUCAAACUGUCCGAGAGAAAGAAGGUCUGAAGUCAGGGACUGUGAUUACAAAGGUCAAUGCAACCGAUCCAGACAAAGUACCCAACAAAAUCAGGUAGGCCAGCUUUCAUGGAAAGCCAAGGGUGACUCUCAGUCUCCUAAUACUCCCCUCUCCUAAUACUCUCACACUCCUAAUCUGGGUUGCUAUAGUGGGAGAUGGAAAAAUUUCAGGGAAAAUUAUUUCUUUUUUUCUUUUUUUUAAAGCCAGUUCUUCAUGUAAAAAAAAAAAAGUUGAGAUUGGAAUAUGUUCUUUUACAACCAUAAUGGAUAUGUUCAUAGCAUGGUGGUUAUAUAUUUAAACAUCCAAUAUUUCUACAACCUAUAUAACGUGACUUUUAUGAAAGACUUUAAAGUCUCAAAUCAUUGCAAUUCCUGUACCCUGAAGACAAUUCAAAUCCUAAGAAGGUACCGAGGAUGCAAUUCUCCAAUAAAAGAUCUGUGCAUUUUGACUCAUGGGGAAAUGCAGGGGAAAGGGUUUUAGUUUUGUUUUGCUUGCGGGCUCCAUCCUGUUGGUAUAAUAUAGGUCAUUGAGUUGUUCUUGUCCUCUGUAAAUUAUUCUGAAAAUGUAACUAUAUUUAAACUGCAUUGGUUUCUUAUUAACCUUUUAUCUAAAUGAUGAAAGAAUUCGUACUUCUGUUUCCUUUGAUGCAACCCCUUCCCCAUCACAGCAUCCGAGGUUAUUUACUAAAGUGAGAAUUCAAAGUGAAUUUCAGAUUUAAAUCCAGAGUAGCCAAACCAAAAGUAUGUCUGAUUUAGAGUAUUUUGUUCAGUUUGGAUAUUUUCACCUUAAAGGACCACUAUAGUGCCAGGAAAACAUACUCGUUUUCCUGGCACUAUAGUGCCCUGAGGGGGCCCCAACCCUCAGGGACCCCCUCCCGCCGGGCUCUGGAGAGAGGAAGGGGUUAAACACUUACCUUUCUCGAGCGCCGGGCGGGGAGCUGUACUCCUCCUCUCCUCCUUGCUCGCAUUCAGCCGGUCGCAUAGGAAAGCAUUUACAAUGCUUUCCUAUGGACACUUGCGUGCUCUCACUGUGAUUUUCACAGUGAGAAGCACGCAAGCGCCUCUAGCGGCUGUCAAUGAGACAGCCACUAGAGGCUCUGGAGGCUGGAUUAACCCUCAGUAUAAACAUAGCAGUUUCUCUGAAACUGCUAUGUUUAUAAAAAAAAAAAAGGGUUAAUCCUAGAGGUACCUGGCACCCAGACCACUUCAUUAAGCUGAAGUGGGCUGGGUGCCUAGAGUGGUCCUUUAAAUUUGAAAAUCACUUUGAAUUCUCCCUUUACCAAAAAAACCUGUUGGUGUAUACCUGUAAUCUGCCCACUAAAUGGUUAUUUUUUUAUUUUCUCCUCUCAGUAGAGACCAACAUCUGACAUCUAGAAACCUUUACACUGCAAUUUCUUGUGUGAACAGAAAUCUCAGUACCAGAAUGAAAACACAUCCUUGCAGGCCAGACGUGCCCUAAAGGCAAUAAACACUCUUAGUGGAAUUAAAUGAAAAGGAAUAAAAUCAGAUUCGUCUCACAUAGAAAACUGGCCAAUACUCCCCUUAAGGAAAAACUCACUGCUAGAGAACUCUAGCUCUCUCCUACUGAUAGCCGAAGCCCUUGUGGAUGUCGGCUUGACCGCCGGGGGCUUUGCCAUCCUUUUUUAUUAAAGCGCCGUCUCAUGAAAUAGAUACUUUAAUAAAACAGGACUACGGGGGACUAAACACCCUUAAAGCACUUCAGCGACCAAAUACUACGAGGGUCUUCCGAGUCUGGACUGGCUCUCUAAUGGAAGUUAUUGGUUUCUCUCUCUCUUCGGUGCUAUGAAUCAUUAGGAGGAUUAAAGGAGACAAAAUGUUCUCUUUAUAUUGAUGCUUUGUUUGGAUUGUCAUUGAGUUUUUUUGAGGUGCGGGGGGGGAGGGUGGCAGCCUAAUUAUAUGUACUGGCAAAUCAUAUUCCUUAUAGUUCAAGUGUUAACAUAUUCACAAACAUUUGUUUAUCUGCGGAAUAAGCUGUGCUUGUAUUUCAAACAAUUCUACACACGAUCACUUUCAAUAUCUACAUUCCUCCCUCCUCCCCCUCAAAAAAAUAAAAUGUUUCCUGGAAAUUAAUUUCUAGUUCACUUUCCUUUGUGUAUUGUAUAUAGUGGAAUAUGCUGAAUAUUUCUCACUUACAUUUUCAGUCAACCCAGAUGGCAAUAAUUGGCAGAGAGAGUGGGCUAUCUUGCUCUCAGCCAAUCACCACUGUCCAGGUUGGAUGAAAUGGAUGUUAAUGUGGAUGGAUAAGUUCCAUAUUGGCAAUAUGUCAGAGGAGAGAGCAGUGUCUGGGUGCCAGGGAAAACCCAAUUUUUGUCUCUAAUCGCUCCAAAACUGUCUGAUAUAGAACGAGGUGAUAACUAUAAAGAAUUCACUGAGACGCGAUACUUGGUUUUCAUUUUUUCUAUCUUUUAACCCUAAAACCCAUACAGGUAUAAGAUAGGCCACGAUCCUGCAGGUUGGGUGACUGUGGAUGAACUGACUGGAGAAGUGAAAACUGUGCAAGUACUGGACCGUGAAUCUCCAGAAGUUAAGGGAAACUUGUAUACAGUCGUCGUACUUGCUGUUGAUGAUGGUAAGAAUUACCUUUAUGGUCAGUAAUUUAUGUACUCCAUCUACAGUGACAUGAACUACUUCUACCAACAGUCAGUGUGCACUCCACCCACAGUGACCUGAACCAUGUGUGCUGACAGUCACUGUACACUCCACCCACAUUGACAUGAAUCACGGGUGCCGAUAGUCAGUGCACACUUCACCUACUUUAUAUGUACCACAUUUUCCUUUCAUGUUCUUUGUCUGAGAGCUGGAUCACAACAAUUCCCACUUGGUGGGUCUGUUCUAGGAACUUGCAUUGAGCACCUGUUUCUGAUUCUCGAAGCACACGUGACCUCGUGUACCUCAUACUUGGUAUAAGCAUCAAAACAACUUUAGCUAAGUAAAGCACUUUUUGUCUAUAGAUUAUGCCCCUGCAGUCUUAUUUCUCAAGUCUCUGCCAGUUAGGAACAAUUUUUUUUUCUAUCCAUGCAGUCUUAUCAAUUUUAAUUAGACCUUACUUUAGAAGUUUUUAUCUCGUGCCCUGUAAAUUUAACUUUAUUCACACACAUGAAGCUCUUGCAGGGUCUAGCAAACUUAAAAUAAAGGGCAAAAGGAAAUUCUGAAUUAGACAGACUGUGCAAUAAAGGAAGUGUAAACUUUAGAUGACUCUUUAUAGGAAGUAUUUAGCAAGGCUGUGCAAGUCAAAUGAAGGGAGGUGUGCAUAGAGCUGCAUAAACAAAGUAAUUUAACUCCUAAAUGGCAGAGACUGCAGGGGCAUCAUAUAUACACUAACACUGCUUCAUUAAGCUAAAGUUCUUUGGUCACUUAGUGUACCUUUAAGACACAUUCCAUAUAAUUUUGGAGCUUCAUUUACAAAAAAGAGGAAUAUCUGGAUUUUAAGGAGACUGGUCUGUUACUUGUGUGGGUCUUCAGUGAUUGCAACAGGCUCUACAAGGAGCAGCCCCCCAUAAGUUUACUGUAGGGUCACUUUGUCUCAGUGCAGCAGAGGCCCCUUAGAAUUACAAAUAAUCGAAUUAAUGUAUUUGCAAAAUUAAUGUUACUGUUCAUUAUGGAACACUUAAAAAUCACUGAGUUAAUAUUCCAAAUGAAGUAUAGCUUGCUGGGCCAAGCCAUGAAUGUCAUUUGGGGCAAGGACACAAAAAGAUAAAGCAGCAUUGAAGUGCAAUGAAAUUAAACCAGUUUUCUCUGCGUUGUGAACAUAUUUAACUAAUCCCACCAGGAAAUCAUAUUAAAUGAUUAAUCAACCUCUGCAAUUCUAGCCGUGGUAAAGGUUGAUUGUGGCAUACUGCGCACUGUGUCCACACCGUUCUCUUCUUUCUGUCCAGGGGAGCCGCCACAAACAGGAAGCAGCACUGUGAGUCUCUACUUGUCUGACCUUAAUGACAACAUACCAAAACUAGUUACCCCGUACGUGGAACAGUGCGAGAGUCUCAGCAAGCAGCCAUUCACUGUACAGGCAGAGGACAGCGACAUAGAUCCAUUCUCGGGGCCAUUCACAUUUGAACUAGGGGAUACUUCUCGAGCUUUACAAGAGACCUGGAAAGUUGGAAGGAGCACAGGUUGGUUUUAAUGUUUACGUAUACUGGUGUUUGGAAUGUGUGUGAAUGGGAGGGUUGUUCAAGGAAGUUAUAUUUUACUUUUUAAUAUAUUGCGGAUAAGCUUUUGGAUACAUGGAGUGGAUUUUGUUUCUGGUAUGAGUUCUUAAAAAAAGAUAUAUUCAUUGCACCUUGCAAAAACACAUGGGUGUGACCUGCUGGAGGGAAAAUCAGACAAACAUUUCACACCCGUACUCCCAGAGCUUCUCAAGAAAGGAGAAUGUGGUUCUGGGGCUUUUUAGUGCCUGAACAUGUCACAUCUAUGAAUCCGUAAAAAGGAACUAUGCUGACACUGUUUGCAACUGUAGAUACUUCUACAUCAGGUGUGGAAAGGAAAUAGAUUUGUUUUUAAAUGAUGUAUAUACAAAAGGUAGGGAAAUUAGUUUUGUUGGGAUGGGGGGGGGGGGAUGUGGUUUACUGUGAAAGGAUCUUUCAGUCAUUUACAUGAAUCUGCAGUUAGACAGUGUUUGCUAAAGUGUAACAUGAAUAAAAGAUGACAUACAUAAAUCAAAGUGCAGAUUUUUAUAGAAAUUGUAGAUGUUACAAAUUAACCUUGUUACAUCCACCUGGCUGUCAAUCAGACAACAGGUCCUUUUACUUCCUGGUUUGGUUAGCUCAGUUGAGCUAAACGCAAGAGGCAGCAAUUGCCCAGAGCAUCUGCCUUGUAAAGACUUUUCAUUGAGCUGCAUUGGGCAGUCUGUGAUUGGACAGCCACAGAAAGUCUGGGUGGGGUUAGAAGGGGAGGGCUUGUAAAGGCUGCAGACAAGAUCUGCAGCUUUUACAAGCUGGUUUUAGAUAUACCACCGAAAAAUAAAAUAUAUAAUUAAAUGGAUGUAUGUUUUCAUUGGGGGUGUAUUUAUUAAACAGUCAUUUGUAUUUUGGCAGCUGUGCCUUUCUGCCAGUUGUUUUUCAUGGAAAGCACUGCAAUGUAUUCCUCCACCCCAGUGUACAUUCCUGUUUCCUUAUUUUCAGGAGAUUCAGUCGAACUCUCAAUGCUUCAGAAUAUGCCACGAGGGAACUACACCGUGCCUCUGACCAUAUUUGACAGACAGGGCUCUGGCAGCACACAAACGCUAUAUGUCCGGAUUUGUGCCUGUCCAGAUGGGGUAACCUGCGAAAAGAUGCAACCUCCUGAACAUUACAUGGGUGGAGGGGCUAUUGGAAUUAUAUUUGCAGCUUUACUUCUGUUUUUGUGUAAGUGUUACUUUUUGUUCAGUUUAUUGUUUAAUAUGGGAAUGAUUAACGUGUAACUGUAAUCCUCUUCUGGAAUGACUACCUAGAUAAAGAUGGCUGCUCGUCAGUUUGCCCCUGUGUGCACCUCAUGCGUAAAGAUGAAGAAAAUUUUGUGACAUUCCUUCUCUGCCCUCCAAAUGAAACACACUCAAACAGAACAUGAGUUCCUGUAUAUAGACCCUUUCUCCAUAUUUCACCCAGACACAAGAUUACUGGUGUUUGCUGUAGAUGCCCGAAUCUCUAAUAUUCCCCCAGCCAUAAGGCUGACUGCAGAAAUCCUAAUCCUGCCCCACAAUCAAAACCAAUAGUGGGUUCAUGCAUAGCCUCUAAUCCCCUCCACCCACACCCCCAUGAGAUUACCAAUGGGUAAAUGCUGUGGCCUUAAUCCAAUAUCCCGCCGACCCUCCACCGUAAGACCACCAGUGAGUACAUGCAGGCGCCCAAAUCUCCCUCAGCCAAGAGAUUACCAUUGAGUAUGUGCCAAGGAUCUAAUCGCUCUGUUGUUUCUGUUUGAAUUUCCAUUAGUGGCCCUGUGUCUGCUAAUGUGCUUUGUGUGUAGCUCUGGGAAGAAGCAACGUGGAGCCUUUUUGCCGUAUGAUGAGGGAAACCAAACUCUGAUAAAGUAUAACGAAGAGGGUGGAAGCGUUCUUUCUCAGGUAAAUCCACAGCGUGAAUACCAUCACAGAGCAGUGUACUAGUCUAGGGUCACACCUUGUAAGGAUGCCUAGCAGUGAAUCAGGUUCUCCUGGUCAUAGAUCACCUCUCUUCACACUGUUAAUAUUUUAUUAUUUCCGUCAUUUCUAUAUUACAAACAUAUGCUGUAAUUCUUUUAAAUGUGGGGAUCCAACAGAAGAAAAAAACAAAACAAAACUUGCAAGUGUUAACAAGAAGUUUGUUAUUGAGGGCGCUGCUCCCCCUAGAAAAAUGAAAACUCAACUGAAUUGCUUGGGAAUCUUUUCUUGAUUAUUGAAUUGCUUUACUUCUUGUAGGAUUGAACUCCACAUUUCUUCUGUCUGCUUGCCGCAGUGUAUGGAGUCCGCGUUCCGCCUGUCUGCUUGCCGCAGUGUAUGGAGUCCGCGUUCCGCCUGUCGCCGUGCCCCAGUGUAUGGAGUCCGCGUUCCGCCUGUCGCCGUGCCCCAGUGUAUGGAUUCCGCGUUCCGCCUGUCUGCUGGCCGCAGUGUAUGGAGUCUGCGUUCCACCUGUCUGCUUGCCGCAGUGUAUGGAGUCCGCGUUCCGCCUGUCUGUUUGCCGCAGUGUAUGGAGUCCGUGUUCCGCCUGUCGGCGUGCCCCAGUGUAUGGAGUCCACGUUCCGCCUGUCUGCUUGCCGCAGUGUAUGGAGUCCGCGUUCCACCUGUCGGCGUGCCUCAGUGUAUGGAGUCCGCGUUCCUACUGUCGGCGUGCCCCAGUGUAUGGAGUCCACGUUCCACCUGUCGGCGUGCCCCAGUGUAUGGAGUCCCCGAUCCGCCUGUCGGCGUGCCCCAGUGUAUGGAGUCCGCGUGCCCCAGUGUAUGGAGUCCGCGUUCCGCCUGUCGGCGUGCCCCAGUGUAUGGAGUCCGCGUUCCGCCUGUCGGCGUGCCCCAGUGUAUGGAGUCCGCGUUCCGCCUGUCUGCGUGCCGCAGUGUAUGGAGUCCGCGUUCCGCCUGUCUGCGUGCCGCAGUGUAUGGAGUCCGCGUUCCGCCUGUCUGCGUGCCGCAGUGUAUGGAGUCCGCGUUCCGCCUGUCUGCUUGCCGCAGUGUAUGGAGUCUGCGUUACGCCUGUCGGCGUGCCCCAGUGUAUGGAGUCCGCGUUCCGCCUGUCGGCAUGCCCCAGUGUAAGUGUAUGGAGUCCGCCUUCCGCCUGUUGGCGUGCCCCAGUGUAUGGAGUCCGCGUGCCCCAGUGUAUGGAGUCCGCGUUCCGUCUGUCGGCGUGCCCCAGUGUAUGGAGUCCGCAUUCCGCCUGUCGGCGUGCGCGUGCCCCAGAGAAUGGAGUCCGCGUACCGCCUGUUGGCGUGCCGCAGUGAAUGGAUUCCGCAUACCGCCUGUUGGCAUGCUGCAGUGAUGCCUUUCCAGGAAAACUUGCUUGAUCUGGCACUGCAGCGGUCUAUAGCCUCAAUAACUGCCAUAUUUUACAUUUAUUUUUAAACUUGUUUUCUUAACUGGAAAAUAGCAGAGUGUCCAAAGUAUCUUACAAUAUGUUCCUACGUAGCUGGAAGUGCUAAGAACUGUGGAUAGGGUCUGUGAUACCUUAAAGGAACAGUACAUUGUUUAAAUACCCCUACCGAAGGCAUUGAAGUGUUACAUGCAUGUGUGACGGACCACCUGCCACCCCGACUGGGUGCCUCCGUCGAACGAUGCUCCUAGUGCUCACCAAGGACCAUCAACACAGCACUCAACACCAUAACCACCGCAAACCCCACUAACCGCCACAGCUUGGUUGGGGUUUCGCUGUCCUCCACCCACAUUGGACCCAAACCAGGCUCCAGCUUCCAGUGGGUGAACCUUUCCUUAGUCCAGAAAGCGAAACAGGAACAGCUCUUACAAGAGCUAGUGAUUAUACUCUGGGGAGUAUUGUGAUUAUAGCAAUCCCCAGAGUGUAGUUCUCCAAUCCCCCAAACAUGAGCCAAGACUUCAUGAAGGGUAGAACACUUCUGUUUAAUGUCGGCACUCACAAUUUAUACAGUUCCUCAGGCCAGAGGCACACCCCCUGGACCUGAUGGAACACAGGCACACAAACCAAUCCGAAUACAACAAUGUCUGACACUCCCACAUACAGCACACAAGCCCUCCCCUCUGCCUGUGAUACAAUUAACUAAGACAAUGGACUAACUCAAUUAACUCUAAGCAGAAAAAAAACAUACAUUUUUACAAACCUCCAAAAGUACCCCAAAAUACAACAUAUCACCCCAACCCCCUCAACAUAGCCCCGAUCUGGGUGAACAACAUAUCCAAAAGUCACCCAGAUCGGUUCAGGAAUUUCCUGGAAGUCUUAUUUUUUUCCCCACCGUGCACAUGGUCCCAUGCCCAAAACAGUUCCAUACACUCGUCUGCAAAACUGCUGGACAAUUUAUGAUGGCCGCCGCCAUGUUUGAAUCUGUUCCAGUUAAAAGUCCAAGGGGCAGAAACAGUGCCUUUAAAAUCCAAUAUGCCCAAAUAAUGUUUUUAAAGGGCGAUAUAUCCCAGGGGCCAUAGUCACAGGGCAAGAGGCUGGCAAGCAGGCUUCUCCAAAUCCCAGUGACAAAGUUGCUUUCGUCACAGUUUUCUUUCGUGUUAUAUGAAGUGCUUUGUGAGUCUGGGGCACAACUGGAAAUUAUUUUUAUUUUAUUUUAUGGGCUCACUACAAUCAUGUUGAAACCUACAUUGCAGCCAUUCCUCUAGCCUUGUAAUGACGACACAGCAGUAUCAAUGAUCUAAACUGAUAAUGUGUGUGAUUGUUUACAGACAAGCCCUGCUGUACUUGUUGCCAAUGGAAACGGUAAUAUGGAGUUUAUGACCAAGGUAAGCUCCCCCCACCCCCUGCAUUUAGCACAGAGUGCAUGCAUACACUUGGAAUUAUGGCACAUUGCGAAUUGUAUUUGAAUAGCAUGAUGUCCCUGUUCGUGCAGGAAGCAGUCUUUACAGAUAAAAGGAUCUUUUAAUCUACGUUUUGUUAACAUAUUCUGUGACACAUUGCACAGUUAACUCACAAAUUCUCAAUUGUAUUACAAGCCUAAUGGCAAAGUUGAGGCUAAAUUAGCUGGAAAAGUUAUUCUACUUAGAAAUCUGAGGCUAAAACCUCCAAGCUCUGCAUUUUGCGGUUUGCUACAAUCCUGAAAUUCAUGUAUAAUCUCAAUGAUUACAUACGUGAAAGUGAUCGGAUAUCGACAUACCUUUUACAUUUUCACUUUAAAUUAAAGUGGAUUUAUAAGCGUUUACAGAUGGUUCACACAUUGGGCAAACCAGCGCCAUUUAUAGACAGGCUGUAAAAAGCUAAUAAAGGCAUACUAAAACACUCAUUGUUUGUUUAACACAGCUUUUCAUUUAUUUAUUUUUUAGGAUAAAGGUGCAGUUGGACAUCCUGCUCCAAUUCAACGCGUGCAGAGUGAAUUCUGGGAAAGAGUGAGUGUCUGCUGUAAUAAACAUUACUCUGUCGGUCAGGCCAUAUAUUGGGUUCAUGCUGUCCAGCCCAUGUUUAAAAAGGGAGGAGAUUUUGUAUAUUAUAUUGAGUUCUUAACACACUCUGGACAAUCUUAAAAUUCUGUUAAGGGAAUUUGUAGACUUUGGAAGGGUAAAGGGGUGUGAAAUCACAUGCACUCUAUGAAAUAUAGAGCAGAUGGCAGCUAACAUGGUUAUCCACUAAACUUUGGAUUUUUGCUAAUUGGUGGUAAAAAUUGAUGAUAGCAAAAUUUUCUACUGUAGUUACAGCCUGACUAUUUUUGGCACAGUUUUAGUGAAUAACGGAUUGUGUUCAGAAUUCUGCCACAUUAGCCUGCACUUUCCAUCCUAUAGAGACAAUCCAAGCGCUGUAAACAUCUAGUGGUAGUUAUGGUGGAAUGAAGCUAAUGAAAUGUUAUAGGAAGUAAAAACUUUGAUAUAAAAUUAAAGAGUGAUCCUCAUUAAAUUGUCACAGGUUAAUGAGUCACUCCACUGCCCAGGAAGAAGGAGAAAAAAAAAAAAAAGCCCCAACCAGACUUUAUGUGGCUGUCCAAUCUUUCCAGGUGCUCCAGAUAAUCGCUGCCUCUUGAAUUUGGCUCCACUGAGCUAACCAAACCAGGAAGUAAUAGGACCUGGUGUCUAACAGAUGGAAGUGGGGGAGGGGGGAUGAAACUAGGUUAAAUUAUUUAAAGUGCCAAUUUCUAUUGAUAUCUGCUCUUGUAAAAUUAAAGAGGGGGCACAAGGCUGCACAUAGAGACUCCUUGCACUUUAACCAUUGCAGUGAUACAAUGAGCAGUUAUGUUGGAGAGUAGUUUUAAUGUUUGCCUUGAUUAGUUCUAUGAAUGAAGUUGCGUAACCUGGACUACAGAGUCAGGACCAGGGAGUUUAUUUAUUUAUUUUUAUUAUUAUUAAUUCCUGGAGGAUGUAAAGUUUCAAGAUUUAUAUGAAGUUAUCUGAAAUACAGACUGGUUUAUUAAACUAUCAUUUUAAUGUAGGUGUUAUGUUUAAAGGUCUUAACCUAUUCGAAUGAUGCUGCCCUGAUGUUCUAGGCGUGAAUUUACACUAUGCCAGCCAUUCUAUUGAGACCAGGUGUGAAUUUACACUAUGCCAGCCAUUCUAUUGAGACCAGGCGUGAAUUUACACUAUGCCAGCCAUUCUAUUGAGACCAGGCGUGAAUUUACACUAUGCCAGCCAUUCUAUUGAGACCAGGUGUGAAUUUACACUAUGCCAGCCAUUCUAUUGAGACCAGGCGUGAAUUUACACUAUGCCAGCCAUUCUAUUGAGACCAGGUGUGAAUUUACACUAUGCCAGCCAUUCUAUUGAGACCAGGUGUGAAUUUACACUAUGCCAGCCAUUCUAUUGAGACCAGGUGUGAAUUUACACUAUGCCAGCCAUUCUAUUGAGACCAGGUGUGAAUUUACACUAUGCCAGCCAUUCUAUUGAGACCAGGUGUGAAUUUACACUAUGCCAGCCAUUCUAUUGAGACCAGGUGUGAAUUUACACUAUGCCAGCCAUUCUAUUGAGACCAGGCGUGAAUUUACACUAUGCCAGCCAUUCUAUUGAGACCAGGUGUGAAUUUACACUAUGCCAGCCAUUCUAUUGAGACCAGGCGUGAAUUUACACUAUGCCAGCCAUUCUAUUGAGACCAGGCGUGAAUUUACACUAUGCCAGCCAUUCUAUUGAGACCAGGUGUGAAUUUACACUAUGCCAGCCAUUCUAUUGAGACCAGGCGUGAAUUUACACUAUGCCAGCCAUUCUAUUGAGACCAGGCGUGAAUUUACACUAUGCCAGCCAUUCUAUUGAGACCAGGUGUGGAUUUACAAAUCAAGACUAGGCGUGAAUUCACACUGUGCCAACCAUGAUAUAGAGAUCUUGAGAUAUGGCUAACUGUUAAUCUUUAUUACAGAAUGGGGCAGGAAUGUUUGCAGCUGGCUCAAAGCAGACACAGGUAAUGCCAAUCUCACAUCUAGCACUGUGCUGGCCUUAUACUAAAAUUCAAGCUGAACCCACCACAUACAGACCAUUUUAGAUAAUUAUAAAGUCUGGUAAUUACUACCUGUAGAGAGACUGAACCAAGCAGCUUCCACCACAGAGAAGGAACAAAUUAUUAUUGCCCCUUCUGGUACACCCAUCCUAAUCCUGAACCAAUUGGAUUCCAGCAAAGAGAAUCUAUAAUGAACUUAAAGUGGGAAUAAAUGUUCGGGAAAUCUGGUAACAGGCAUAUGAAAACAAGCUGUUAAUGCAUCCAGGAGAGCGAAGGCAUAAAACAAAAAUAUGUUUUUACCUUGUGUACAGGGAGUGUGUGAGCUGUGAUCUUGGUGUUGCAUAGGUUAUAGCUAAACACACCUAUCCAGUAUUUACGAUUAUUCCAUAUUUUUAUAGCAAGAUCUACUUUGUGAAACAUAAGAGUAAGAGCGCACUGUCUGUGUGCUUUCCUCGUGUGAUGCAAGGGCGCAUUAGUGUUGUGUAUUGAGAUCGGAAGGGUUUUUGCAAUCACCAAUGAGUGUGAAAGUCCACCGGUUUCCAUGACUAGUAUAAAACCAGAUUUAUUAAAAAAACUACACCCUCUUUGUUCAGAUGGUCGCUGGCAGGGUACGACAGUGUUCCAUAUUAUUAAUAGUAAAAUGCAAUGGAUCAGUAUCACAGAGCUCCACAGCAAUAAAAACCCACGUUUAUUUGAUAAACAGUAAACCGGAAAGAUUCUACUAGUUGCGGUUUGAAUCUUUAAAUUUAAAUUUAGAAACUGGCAUUUUCUUUGCCAAAUGUUUGCACGUCAGCUUGUAGUCAGUGCCCAUAUUACAUUCAGCCAGCCAUUCUUGUAUCCUAGUUUAAGCCAUCUUUUAAUGAUAGGAGUGUGUAGGCUUGAUGUAAAGUCUGCCCAGUGGGUGAGUUGAAGAUUCCUUGUUAUUGCAUUUACUACAAUAUCUUAAAAUGUUCUCUAUUCAUUCUCUGCCUGUCUUAUUGCAGACCACACAAAAUGAAGUGUACGGUCAGGUGAGUCCACAAGAUUUGUUACUAAAAGGAUGAAUGUACAGUCUAUUUGGUCCCAUCAAGUUGUUUGGUUUCUCCCACCCCCUGAUCCUACCAGCCAUUAUACAGAUUUGGUAUAGUGUACAUGAGAUCGUUACAUUCAUGGAUUUCCCUUAUAGGUUGGAAACACUCAAUUUCCAGUGCCUGCAGCCGAACACAAAAAAACACUGCACAUAAAUGUGACAUUUCUGAAUGGUCUUGAAUCAAUUGCUUAAUUUUAUAAAAGUCGCCUAAAAAAACCCCAACACAAAAAAACGCCCAUUUGUUGGAAUUAAUGAGUUAAUAAUUUUAUUACAGAGCCCUGGACUCAAAUCACAAAUGGAGAACAGCAGCUACACUCUGGUGAGUAUGUACAAACAAUACCAACACUGGGUGUAUUUAAGCUUUAUUUUACUUUAUCUAGUACAGUAUGACUCAUGCUGGACCUACUGGGUUACAAUCCAAGGGUGUAAGGACAGAAAAUUGCAUUUAAAGAAUUUACACCAAAGCAAAUCAAUGUCCACAGUCUUGCCCCCAUGUUCUCUUCCUGGACUUUAAGCAGAAUUGACUUUUCUGGUCUGUCUGCAUAAUUUCGAUAAUCUCUACCUUCUUCCAACCAAGUUGCACUGAAAAAAGGCAGCUCCAUAACCAAACGAGCCAAAGUCUGUCUGAGUACACAUCCUUCAUACUCCAUUCUUUCCAUAAAUGCCAAGCGCGUCAGCUACGCUCCAGGAACAUGAGCCCCAUGGACUAAACAAAUAUCAGAUUGCCAAUAAAUUAUAAAUGGUAAAGAAAAACAAAAAACACACACACACACAAGAUAUGCAUAUGCUAAAUUUACUAAAGUGAGAAUUCUGAAAUUCAAAGAGGAGUGUCCCCUUUAGAGCCAAAAUCUACGCGCUUUCCAGUUUGGCUUAUUUUGUAGUAAAAUGGGAAACUCACUUUGAACUUCUGAUAAUUCUCACUUUACUAAAUAGCCCGGUAAGAGUUCCAGCUAAUGCCAAGACAACAAUGGAAAUAAAAACAACAAAAAAACAGCCAUAUAAUGAGACGAAGUGGAAAUUUUCUAUUACAAACACAGCAUACACAUUUACAACAUGAAUAGCAAAUAAAUAUUUGUAAAAAAUACAUAUGAUGGAAAAUUUAAACUGGAAAACGUCUACCUGCUCAGCCAUAUUCAAUCCACCUAAAAAAUGUCAAUAUAUAAACAUGAGAAGGAUUUCCAGUUAAAUAUGCGCUGUGCGUUGGUGAUUAUCUACUUUUUUGUAAAAGUGAUUUUAAAAAAGUAACCCUUUUGCUUGACUGAUAGCUACACUGAGCUAUUCAAAUGGUUGAUUUUAAUUAUGCAAUGGGUCUAGGUUAGUCUUUGAUUGUACUUUAUUUUUAUUUUAAGACUGCAAAGUCUGGAGUAUUAAUUCUCCCCUCCCCCCCCCCCUUGAUGUUUAUGCCACUUUUCUGUAAAAAAAAAAAUAUAUACCAAUACAAUGAAACAUGUACAGUACACACACUCUUUGUAAAAUGCUAUGUGAAAGAGGCAGAUUGAACAACAUAGUACGUAUAUCGAGCCACAAACAUAUGUCCAUAAUCUGCACACAUUUGGAUGGUGAAGGGUACAUACAAAAUUGACUAACUAAACAAACAAAAACAUUUUUAACAAAACUCAAAGUAAUAGGGAACAUAAAACACUAAUAAGAUGGUUAUAUGAUCAAUCUGCAAACAGAACUCUGAAUUACUCUUUGGUUGUGUACCCGUAUAUCUGCACAAGGUAUUGCAGUGCUAUUACAACAUGGUGGGGUGCCUUUCACCUCUGCGGUCUGUUUUUUAUUAUUGUAGCAAAUGUACCUAACAGUUUACUCCCAGUCAGAAUUUGGUCAAUUUAACCAAAUGCUUAUCCAGAUUGGCAAUUCUCACAUUUAGGUUUUAAUACCAUACCUCGGGUGCUGGUAAAGUAAACCUCACAUAAUUCUUUAAAAUGAGUGUUUGGAACUAAAUGCCACAAUUCUGUUACCAGAGUAAUGUACAUUACACAAUGUCUGGAAAUUCAGAGUGGUCACCUAUUAAUUUCUAAAUAAGUAAAAAGCGUUUAUUUAUGGGACUAACCAUGGUUUCCAAAUCUGGCCUCAGCUAUUCAUAAUGAAUGGAGUUAAUAUGCAUUGAAAUAAAAGGGAGUAGCAACUGAUGGUGGUAAAAAUUAAGACAUUUGUAUCAGAAAAAAAAUACAGGUAGGGAUAAGCGCUCGAAGAACAACUGACAAAAUAUAGGCAGCCAACUAUGUAUAUAGGAGAUGCCCUCAAAUCCUAAAAUAUUAACAUAAAAUACACAAGAGGUUACGCCAAUGGAUGGCUAUAAAGAUAAAAUACACUUUAAAGCUAAAAGCAAUACUACACAACGCGUUUCACCCAUAAGGCUCUCUGAAAUGUAAACCAUACAUUGGUUUAAACUUGAAAAAUACCUUUCUUGGUGAAACACGUUGUGUAGUAUGUUUUAUCGUUUAGCUUUCAAGUAUAUUUAAUCUUUAUAUGCAUCCAUUGGCGCAACCCGUUUGUGUAUUUUAUCCGGUAUCACGUAUAAAAUGAAUAAUGCCAAUGACAAAAUUUGUGGGAUUUAUCCUUCGACUUAGAGUUAUGUUUAUAUAUUAUUUUAGGAUGUUUCAAUCUCCACACGUGUCAAGGUUGUUAUGCCGAAUUGUGUGCAACAUGGCCAUUAAAUUUUUUUUUUUUUUAAAUACUUUAUUUUACAUUUUGGCAAAAUAUACAACAUUGAGCGAGACUAUCACAAUUAGGCCAUGAGCAGAUUAUAACAAUUGACCAAUACAUUAUAAGAGGUGUAGCUUAUGUCAUGCAAUGAAAAAGGAAAAAGUUAAAUUAAAUUGGAGACAUAACACAAAAUUAGAAACAAUCUAAAAAGUUAUGAAACAAAUACAUUGAAAAGAGUUUAAAUAUUUAAACCUUUUCACAGUGCGCAUUGCAGAGUUGUACUUGUGCUAAUGUAUCUAAGUUUCAGUAUUUCCCCUUAUGCUGCACUAGUCGGUAAAAAUGCAAAAAGAAGGGCUUGUGUUUGCCUGCAUAGGCUUGUAUACAACAUAACCAGCCCAGUUGGACCGUGAAUGAUAGUGUAGUUGGGUGAUACAGCUUUCUGUUCUAUUGCGGUUUCGGCACACUGUGUUGGCUAUAUAUGGAUAGGGGUACUCCUACCUGUAGAAGGACUUCAGUACUGCCCCAGUGUUCUGCAAUGGCCCUUCUUGACACUCAAGUUAUCUUGGCUACCAGUUUGUUUUGGGCUCUGGUUAAAUUGCUAUGGGGUUUAGACCAGCCGUUCCCAAACUGUGUGCCGCAGCGCCCCAAGGCACACAGGGGUGCCGCAGAAUGUAUCAUAGCACCGGGGAAACAUUACUGCUGAACAGGGGCCCGGUUGGGUGCCGUGGUCCUUUAAGACUGCGACUGGGCCCCUGUAAUUUCAGCCGGCUGGGAGGAAGUGACAGCCUGUCACUUCCUCCCAGGGUCAUGCAGGAGGGAGAGGAGGCAGCUGCAGCAUGAGGAGAGAGGAGCACGAAGAGCUUAAGACCCCUCAUUCCCACCAGCAGGACUCCAAGCCACCCUCUUGGCCACACAAGGUAAACCAACAGGAGGGUGGCUGGAGAUAUUAAAAAUAUAGAGUGUGUGUAUGAAUGAGUGUGUGUCAGGGUGUGAAUUUGUGUGUGUUUGUGUGUGUGUGUGUGUAUAUAUAUAUAUGUGUCAGUGUGCGCACAUCUGUGUGUCAGGAUAUGUGCAUCUGUGUGUCAUUGUGUGUUUUUAUGUCUGUGUGCAUCUGUAUCAUGGCAUGUGCAUGUAUCACACGCCAUAAGGUAUGUGUCAGUGUCUAUAUGAAUUUGUGUGUGUGUGUGUAUACAUCCAAGCAGUUAUACACCAGCACAACAUACAGACUACAAACACACCCCUGCAUUCAAACUCCAAAAGGAUAUACAAACACACCCCUUAACUCAAAACACAAAUGUACACUCGCAUUUAAAAGUGGACAUAACAUUCAAACACACCCCUGCAAUCAAACAUUACAUACAAACACAUCAAUAUAUUAGAACAAGCACCCCUUCAAACACCAACACUGUACAUUACACUAAUAGCGCCAGUAAAUGCCGCAGCGCUGUACACAUAUACAGCCUAGAAAUUUUGACUUUGGAUGCCAUGGAAAAAUAUUGAAAUAUUAAGGGCACCUUGAACCUAAAAGGUUUGGGAACCACUGCAAUAAACUAUAGGUAAGCUCUGCUUCACAAUGUGUGUUAAAAAUAAAAAGGGGCCACAUUCUCCUACAGGGGAAGGUGACCUAGCAUUGAUUCUGCCCAGCCCCAACCCAUACAGGCUAAUUCACUGAAGUGAGAAUUCAAAGUGUUUUGUAUUUAAGAUCCAGUUCAGACAGUUUGAAUAAAAAUUGGCUCACUCUGGCCUUAAAGGUUUGACUUGCUUUGCAAUCCCUCUUUCACAAAUAACCCUGAUAUAUUUAUUUUAAUGUGACCGCUGACCAAUUGCCACAUAACUUAACCCUUGUGCUGCAGAGGUUUUUCUUCAUGUAUUUUAAUAGUUAAAGGAAACCUAUAAUCCACAAAAUAGGAUUUUUUUCCCUUUCACUAUAGGUUCCUUUCUGUCCACACCCCCUAGUUAAAAAAAAACAACACAAAACACUUCUCAUUUCUACUGUUGUCUUUUGCAAUUUGCUCCAAUUCAAUGCUUCUUAAUGUAUUGGAACGAAGCAUGCACAGCCAAAUACCAUCAGCCUUCAAUCAAAUGCAGCCAUCAGUAUACCUUCAGUGACUUCCGGGAGGAAGCAGUAGACAGGCACUGUCAGUGUUUACACUGUAGGGAUAAAAACCAUGAGCCGUGCACCCAGACCACUGCAUUGAGAUUUAUUUAUAUAAAGUAUUUUAACAGGAAGUCCUGGGCCCACAAACAGUGCAUUGUUACAACAGGGUACAGUAGAAUAUUAAAGAUACAAAGUAAUAUUAAAAAUACAAAGAUGAAAUGGUCUUUUAAAAUAGUUUGAACUUGGGUCGAAACAUAGAUCUAGAUUUUUAUGUUCAGUUCUGGAUUCCAGCCAUUCGUACUCAAAUAACCCGGUUCGUUUUUACAAGACAUAUUGUAACACGUGUUUUCACUGCGUUUCCUUAACUUUGGAAUAAAAUAGCAUAUGUAGCAUAACGUUACACAAGCCCCAUGACAGAGUAAAGCAGACAUAACCUGGUCUGAAACCUCCCAUGUUUAGCAAAAUCCCUACAUGUGAAGAACGUAGGGGCAUUGUUACGGGAUGCUUCAAACACGGAUAUCAGGUAACUCUUCUCUCCACUCCCAGCAGCCUCAGGCAUGCGUAUGAGGUAGGGUUACUUUUCAGGAGCCUCGUCGGGUGUAAAUAUUCACCCAUCAUUUAAUGAUUCAAUUUGUGUACAUUUUAUUUAUAUGGUGAACAGACUUGAACAUUCAUUGACAGGGACAGUUAUAUAAAAAUAUCUACUCUUCUACUAUUCAGUUAUGUGAAAAAAAACACCUACUGAAAACAGUUUUCUGAUCACCUUGUGCUUUAAAAACACUUAUUCACAAAGUCACAUUCCACAUUAAAUACAAGAAAAGCAUAAGCCAUUGAUCAGGGUGCAAUAUGAGUGACUGAAAAGUGACACAUGUACAGCUCAGAUUGAUUUAAUUAUAGGUAUCUUGUGAUGUCUUUGUUUCACAGAACAGCAAAUAUCUGAAGAGCGGGUCAAUAAGAAAUGCUGGUCUUGAUGUCUUCGUAGAGAGAGUUGGGGAAAUGUUAAACCAUGUAAGUCACCUAGUACCAUGGUCCAAAUAUACAAUAUAAAGAACUGUAUCCCAGAUAUACAGGGUUAGUAACUAGCUGUAUCCCAGACAUACAGGGUUAGUAAAGAGCCGUAUCCCAGAUAUACAGGGUUAGUAAAGAGCUGUAUCCCAGAUAUACAGGGUUAGUAAAGAGCUGUAUCCCAGAUAUACAGGGUUAGUAAAUAGCCGUAUCCCAGAUAUACAGGGUUAGUAAAUAGCCGUAUCCCAGAUAUACAGGGUUAGUAAAUAGCUAUAUCCCAGAUAUACAGGGUUAGUAAAUAGCUGUAUCCCAGAUAUACAGGGUUAGCAAAGAGUCUAGCUGUAUCCCAGAUAUACAGGGUUAGUAAAGAGCUGUAUCCCAGAUAUACAGGGUUAGUAAAGAGCUGUAUCCCAGAUAUACAGGGUUAGUAAAGAGCUGUAUCCCAGAUAUACAGGGUUAGUAAAUAGCUGUAUCCCAGAUAUACAGGGUUAGUAAAGAGCUGAGCUAUAUCCCAGAUAUACAGGGUUAGUAAAGAGCUAUAUACCAGAUAUACAGGGCUAGUAAAGAGCUGUAUCCCAGAUAUACAGGGUUAGUAAAUAGCUGUAUCCCAGAUAUACAGGGUUAGUAAAGAGCUGAGCUGUAUCCCAGAUAUACAGGGUUAGUAAAUAGCUGUAUCCCAGAUAUACAGGGUUAGUAAAGAGCUGUAUCCCAGAUAUACAGGGUUAGUAAAGAGCUGAGCUGUAUCCCAGAUAUACAGGGUUAGUAAAGAGCUGAGCUGUAUCCCAGAUAUACAGGGUUAGUAAAGAGCUGAGCUGUAUCCCAGAUAUACAGGGUUAGUAAAGAGCUAUAUACCAGAUAUACAGGUCUAGUAAAGAGCUGUAUCCCAGAUAUACAGGGUUAGUAAAGAGCUGUAUCCCAGAUAUACAGGGUUAGUAUAGAGCUGUAUCCCAGAUAUACAGGGUUAGUAUAGAGCUGUAUCCCAGAUAUACAGGGUUAGUAUAGAGCUGUAUACCAGAUAUACAGGGUUAGUAAAGAGUUGAGCUGUAUCUCAGAUAUACAGGGUUAGUAAAUAGCUAUAGCCCAGAUAUACAGGGUUAGUAAAGAGCUGUAUCCCAGAUAUACAGGGUUAGCAAAGAGCAGAGCUGAGAUUUACUGACGCAGACAGACAAACUCACUACGCAAGUCCAGGAUGCUCUAAAAAUAUAUAUAUAUAUAUAUAUAUUUUAAAAAUCAAAGAAUGGCAGCCACAGGAAAAAUAGUGUGACAGACAUUUAUGCAACCCCAUUUGCAGUUUCAAAGACUGGUGUAUGACAGUGGUAGCUCACGUGGAGGGGUUCUCUUCCAGACCUUACACCCCUAAUUUUUCUUUCCCUUUUCUAUAUUAAAAAAUUAAUAAUAAUCUAGAGGUGUAUAUGUUUGUUAAAUACUGUGAUGUAUACCAUGCAGAUUUAUUUUAUUCUGGUAAUAGAAUGCAUUGAAAGGUUGUGUAUGUGAGCAGUUUAUAACUUGCACAUACAUUACUGCACUGGAGGGUAUUCUGCAGUCAGUCUCUACAUGUGUUUUAUUGGUCUGUACCUACAGCACUGUCAGCAUUUAACGCUUGGAGACCUAUUAAUGUCACAACUGCAACAGCAUAUCAUUGACCACCACAAUUUCUGUAAUUUCCUAGCUCUGAGAGUCCGGUUUAUUUUUCCCCAGACACUGAAUAGAUGAAGUCUGAAAAAACUGACCAAUAUAGUAGAUUUACCGAUCAUUAAUUUGCAGUAUUUUAGUACCAAUGACCGGAGACUCGUAUUUAGAAAGCGUUAAUAUACAUAUUAAUAUUAAUCUUUGUUGAAAGAAACUACCCUCUCAGUGUUUUCAAUUUGUAGGGGAAUUCAAAACAAGACAGGCAUUUUAUAAAGGAUCAUGAAGGUAUAGCCAGAGGGCAGCAGUUGCAAUAAAUUAAGAAAGUUUCACAUGCAGGGGUAUUAUUGGUAAGAUUACCCACCAGGUGACGUUGUGUAUGGCUUUGAGAUUUUAUUGUAAACACAACAGUAGAAUGCAUGGCUAUAGGAUUGUAGAUGCAUUAGCAGUAAAAAUACCUGGCUGGUUACUAUUACAACACCCUCCAACUUGUACAGCAUCUCUACCCAGCCAGGUCUAUCCAUACAGUGCUAUUAGGUGCUUUGGACCGACUUAUCUGUUCAUUUCUCUUUCCAGAGGCUACAGGAUUUUUUGGAUGUGGAUGACAUGACUUACCGCCCUCGUACUUACGGCUAUGAAGGGGAGCUACAGAGGGCCGGCUCAGUGGGCUCAUUUUCCAUCCCAGACAGUGACAAUGACCUGACUUUCCUAGACGAUUUGGACCCAAAGUUCUCAACAUUGGGGGAAAUUUGCCAAAUGAAGUGAAGGCGCCACUUCUCAUAUGCUAAUUUUUAUUCUGCUUCAGGGAGGGGGCUCUGUCAGGUAAUGCACUGAAAAUGUCUGGGGCAAAAAGGGUUAAACACAGACUGUACCUAAAAAAGGAAGAUAAUUUUUUUCAUUUUAUUUUUUUAAAUAUAACUAAAACUCAGAGCCCUAGAACGUGAGCCAUGUGUAGCAAGCGAGAGCUGCAUGACUGGUCUUAUAGGACACUAUGUAUUGUUUGCAUGGUGUCUGCAGAUAAACCAUCUGUGGAUUCCAGCAGACCAUUUUAUCAAUGAGGUUACUCCAGGAAAUGGACAAAUCUAGGCACCUGCGCGAGAAGAACGCUCUGGACACUUUAAACCUGCAUUUAAUGCAAAAUAGUCACGAAGUGACCUCAACAGGCCAGUAAAGAAAUCAGAGGACGGGUAUGUCAAGAGUCUGCUUUGGAAAAGAAUCUGCGCAAAGCUAGAGAUUGCAAAAUCAAAAACAAGACACAUGGUAAUAAAUAAAUAAAUAAAAAUCACAUGCCAGACAGUCUGCAUAGCAGCCCUCUAGGGGCAAAUAUAGUUUAUUCACAAUGGUGUCCAACACCAAGAGGGUAAACAGGGCACAUACCGGCAUUUGAGUGAUUCAAUUCCUAUGUGUACAUAGUGUUAAACGCAAACAUUUUAUAUACACAGAUUAUAUUUUUGAAUUUAAGGAUUCUGAAUAUAAAGUAUUCCAAAAUGCAGGAUCUCAGAGGCUGUCCUGUAUGAUGUCUGAGGAAUAUACUGAAUUUGGUUUAUUUUUUCACUGUAAAUGUGGACAAAUAUUUUAAAUAAAUGUUUAAAAUCGA